AUGUCUCUACUAGAGGACAUUCUGGGCAUUCUGCGCUCCGUCCUGGAGUAUUUCGGAGUGCCUCCGGAUGUACUGGUUCCAGUCUGGGACAGUCCGCUGUGUGGACAGUAUCGUAGCAUUGUACGGAUGAUUGGAACCAACUUCCCUCUCUCACCAACACCUCGUGUCCGCCUUCAGAUCCCUCUACACACCUAUAGACCUUUUGGAUGUGUCGACACUACCAUGGAUACACCCACCAUCCCUUCAUUUGCUGAUGUAAUGUGGGUGGCUGAAGAUGAGGGGAAUAGCUUUGCUAAGAUAAGGAACCAAUUGCCUCCAAGGAAACAUACUGUAAAUUAUCAUACAGUAAGACAACAAGUGCCAGACCUAAGCCGGUUCCCGAGAGGAGGCAUGUUGCUUGGGUGGAAGACUGAUCCAGAUUCCCUGAGGAAGAUCACAGCCCUGGAGGACGAGUUGCUGAAACUACGAGCCCAGAUAGCGAUGAUUGUUACAGCUGGUCCAACCUCAGGUCUGACCUGCUCACAGAAUGCCCCAGGUACACCUCCAUUGCCACCCCUGCUUCCACCUCUCACCUCCACACCUUGCUGCACCCCUCCUCUGCCUCCUGCACCACCUCCACCUCCCCCUUGCCCAAGCUCCUCUGCAGAGCCUGUGUCUGCAUUAGAGCUGAUUCGCCAGCGCAGAAAGGAGGGGAAACCCUCAGUGCAUGGGCAGAGUGGUCAACUCAAGCCCCAGGACUCAGAUCUAACCAGGGAUUCACAAUUUAAAGGGAUUCCCUCCAUGCUGGAUGUACUGAAGGACUUGAAUCAAGUCAAACUGCGCUCUGUGAAGAGGUCACCAGGGGGGACACCAGUCAGCAGGAGACGAAGCAAGGGUGUGCCAUCGUUUAAUGACCCAGCGGCUCUUAUCGCUGAAGCCUUAAGGAAGAAAUUUGCCCAUUAUAGCCACAAUAAUUCCUCUGACAAAGAAAAUUCAGUAGAGCUCUCACCGUUUAGCAGUCCAGAGACUCCUCGGCUUACUCGGCACACCAGACGCAGCAAGGGACGGUUUAAACUGUGACCUUAUGGAUCCUUUGGGUCAUCAACCACAAGUUGAACAUGCCAGCAUCCUAUGGCACCGCCCGCUG